GGAAGCUAGAAAUGGAGCGGUUUUGGUAAAAACGUUUUGAAACAUAAACAAUUUCUCCGGGUCUUUCUGUUGUUUGUCAACCAACAAUACGUAUAAAUAAACAUUCGUGACAUCAGCGAGAGAGUGUUGAGGCAAUGAGGGACCUAACGGCAAAUCUCAGUGAGGAAAUCGGUUUUUAUUCCGUUUUCCCUGCCUAACCUGACUGCGUUUGCGGGUUGGCGCUGACAGCCGGAACUGUGCUGCUUUGCCUCCUGUAAUGCAACACUAAUGACAUCGCUAUGAACGAUUCCGAGCUGGAUUUUGUGGACCUCUGCUCCAAAUUGCAGAAGCGCGUCCGCAAGAAAGAACCAGGCAGACCGAGCAGGAAGGCAGAAGAACAGCAGAGCUCCAGCCAAACAACCCGGGGGGACAAGAGGAAGGUUGAUAAGCAGGAUGAGGAUUCUCUGUCCGGGUUUUCACCCACUGGAUCGGAGGUGGUCUGUGGAGGAACUGGGUGUGACUCAGGGGAUGCUGUUCAGUCUUCUGCUGUUCCUCCACCUGACGCAGACCUGAGGGCAAAAGACAAAGUACUCCUCAGGAUGCAGGAGUUUAAGAGAGCCAGUCCGCAGAAGAUGAUGCACAGUAAUAGAAUCGGGCCAGCAAAGAAGGACGGUUGUACUCUGACUGCACAGGAUCAGAAAGCAGGCAGUGCAACGACUAUUCCAACUCAAACAAAGCCAUUUUUGCUCUCUGGGGGCUCCGAUCCCCGCUCUGAGCCCCCAGAGAGUGACGAGGCGCUGGCCCUGCGGCUGCAGCGGGAGCUGGACAGGGAGGCGGCCGAGGCCCAGAUCAUGCACCUGGAGGACGGAGGCCUCUUCUUCUGUCAGAUCUGCCACCGGGACUUAUCACACAUGACCCCCGACGGGCGCACACAACACCUCAACAGGUGUUUGGAUCAGAACGAACAGAGCGUGCCGUCUCUCCCCCCGCCCUCCGCUGUCCCCGACUGUCCCAUCUGCGGCAAGAAGUUCAAGAGCCAGAAGAGCCGCUCGGCCCACCUGAAGCGCUGCUCCGCAGACAUGGGCAUCUCUACGGCCGUUCUGCUGCAGGCUCUGCAGAGACAGGCCGAGGAGAGCCGCAGUUCUGCCGUCGCCGCCAACGCACACCUAGAGACGGGCGGCAUCAAGAGGAAAGCGCCGCCUGAGCCGGCGCUUCCAGCAAGGAAGAAGCCCAGGAAGAAGGCCGACCGGCUGGACGAGGACACCAUGGUGGCUCUGGCUCUGUCCUCCUCCCUGCUGGAGCAGCAGAAGGAGCAGCAGGUUCAGAGCGGUGGUCCUCACAGCUCCGUCACUCCACUGCUGACGUGGAAGCCAGAUGCUGCUAAAGGACGCGUGAGAAAGAAAAAAGUAGCCGCCCCUCGUCCUCCGCCACUCCUCCUAGUUCAGGACACAGAGACGGCCCUGGCGAGGCUGCAGGAACGCGUCUCUGCUCUCUUGCUUCGCCGCCGGGCGCCCUCUCCUCCCACCCCGACGAGAUGCCCCAGCAAGCUGCCCGGCUGGACAGGUGCUGCCCCCCUCUGGCGGAAAAGCACGCUGCUGGAUGGAGGCUCCACCUGUCCGUCUCAGUUCUAUGCUGCGGAGCUCCAGCACUUGUUUGCUACGGCGGACUUAACAAAGCCAGAUGCGGCCUUAUCAAGCAGCAGCAACAACAAGCCGGAGUCUUCUGUCCCACCCGCCCUGCCCUCCUGCUCCCAGACCUCAUCUAACUCCGCUCCAGGGACGGGAGAGCUCCACGUGGGAAGCCAGGCCAUCCGAGACCUGAUGGAGCUGGCUGAAGACGGCAUGACUCUGACCCAAUACGGAUACGCAGACAAAGCCGAGCACCUGAGCGGUUUCAUCCAGGAGGAAGAGUCGGAGGAUCAGGCCGAGCCGUCGGACAACACCGCCAGCAGCAGCAGUCGGGCAGUGAGGAGGACGGACCAGCCAGAGGCAGACCGAGACGCAGCCAGACAUGAGUCGGUGGCGCUCUCCAGGCUGUCCUCAGACCUGAGCAGCAUGGUCAACAACCCUCAGCUCAGUGACCUGCAGCUCCAGGUGGACAGCGGCGAGAUCUACUUUGCACAUUCCUUCAUGGUGUACACUCGCUGCCCCCUGCUGGCUGAAAUGGUGCAUGAAAGUGGGUUCGGCGUGCAGGAAGAGGGCUCGGCCGCGGCUCAGAGGGUGUUGCUAAGCGACGUGCCGGGUCAGGCGGUGCUGGCUGUGCUGCGGUACCUCUACACCGCCCGCUGCUGCAUCGCUGCGUCGCUGCGGCCUCACGUCCUGGAGCUGGCAUCCAGGUUUGACCUGCAGGAGCUGGAGCAGCUGUGUCGUUUCCAACCGGAGAACAUGGUGGCGGCGGCGGGAGACGAUGGGCUCGACGUAAACCAGGAAGAAAACGUCAACAACCAAACGGACCGGGCCUUCGUGGAGCUCCUUCGAUCCAUGUGGAACGAGGAGGACUCGGACGGAGGCGGACGGUCGGAGGAGGAUCGACCAGAGGACGAGGUCGCCACGGGCGAUGGAGAAAUUGGCGAGGAGCGAGUGAAUGAGCAGGAGCUGGAGGAGAUUUAUGAGUUUGCCGCCACGCAGAGGCAGAGGGUGAAGGAGGAAGAGGAGGAGAAAGAUGCGGAACCAGAACCCGGCUCGGACCGCAGCUACAGUCGGCUUUUCUCCCAGUCCUGGGGCGUCUACCAUGACGGAGAGGCUUCAUCCUCGCCUCCUCUUCUUCCUCAUGAAGCGUCACCCAAACACUCUGCCAGGACUCUGCUUCAGUCGUCUGCAAGCGUCGCCGACGAACCCUCCCUCAACCUUCCUGUCCCCGGGCCGUCCCCGGGGCGACCGGCUCCGGAGGACCGACAUGGGCAAGGCGAAGAAGCCGCAGCAGAGAGCCGAGCUCGUCGCAGCGCCACCCCUUCGCCUGCGAGGAGAGACGAGGCCGAGCUCAUCGUUCUGUCCGACUCCAGCGAAGAGGCAGAAGCCGAUCGGAGCUUCACGGGGAUCAAACCCGGACAGAACCCGAGUCCCACAGAAUCGGUCUGUGGCUCCCAGUUCAGUCCCGGUGAUCCCGUCGGGUGUUCGCCUGAGCUUUCCUGGCUCGUCCCUUCCACGCCCGUCAGGUCUCCGGUCAGAAGCACGAGGGCCGCCUCCAUGCAGACCGACAGCAGCAUGUGCAGGACUCGGCUUUUCCCCAAAGUGGACCCGUCCCCAGCCUUCUCGCCGUCCAGGAACACCGUCCCGACCUCCAGCACUCCUCUUAAAGCCUCCACAGAACGCCAAGUUUCUCCUGACAAACGGAGGAGUUCUGAAGCGUUUGCAGCAAACCGUCCCUUUAGAGAUUCCUCAAAGCACGAGGCUCCUCUGCAGCCACGCAGCAUCAGCAGCACGCUGCUGAAUGCGAACCCAGAGAGGCAGAGCACGUCGGGUCAAAUGAAGGCGAGGACAUGCGUGUCCAACUCUUCAGGUCAGUCCUUGUCGUCUUCUCCUGUGGAGUCCAGCGAGCAGCCUGGCGUCAGCAACACGAGCGAGGUAACGUCUGUUCCAGAUGUGAGGGACUCUAGUCUCCAGCAAAGUUUCAUGGAUGAGCCUCCGAUAGCUUUUAACGACUCCUGGGGCCUGGACGCCUGCGCCGACGGCGACCUGGGCGGCUUUAGCCUGAAGCUGGACAACACCCAAGAGUCCAGUUCCGGAGGGAGACCCGGAGCAUCCAGACCGACAGCUGCAAGCAGCGUCCAGAACCCUGCUGCAGGUCCAGGCCCGCUGACCACGCCAGAGGUCCACAACGACCUGCUGGACUCCGAAAUAUGGGGCAGCUGGGAGGGCGAUGGAGGAGCAGGAGAGGAGGAAGACGAAGAGGAGGAGGAGGGUCUUCCUCUGUCUCAGAGAGCGAACCUGGCGGCUCGGCUCCAAACUCCAAAAUCGUGGAAGCAGACCCGGCGGCGCCCCCCAGGGCCCAUCACCCCCAUGCCUCACUACUCUGACAUGGACACGCCGGAGCUCAAGAACAAACUCAGCAGCUUCGGCGUGCGACCUUUACCGAAGCGUCAGAUGGUCCUCAAGCUGAAGGAGAUCCACCAGUACACCCACCAGCUGACCAGCUCCGAGGAAGAGGAGGAGGAAGAAGAGGCGCCCCUGGGCAGGGCGGUUUCCUGCGCCCGGUUUAAAGAGCCGAUGGCAGCUGCGCCCGCUGCUGCUGCGUCUCCCGUCAAAACGGACCAAGAGGAAGCCGGCGAUCCGCUCUCUGCCUCCCAGGGCUCAAACGCCUCGUCCACCGCCGCCAGCGACGAGUUGGAAAGCAGGUCCAACCCUGAGCUGGUUCUCUCCUCCGACGGCGACUCGGACAGCGACGUGUCGUCCUCCCAGGCUGCCUCGCGCCUCCAGGACCGCCUCCAGGCGGUGCGCUCCUUCAUCCUGUCCGAAUCCGACCUGUACAGUCGGAUCCUCCAGUACCAGCCUCUGGUUCUCUCCCAGCUCCAGCAGCAGCUGAAGGCAGCGGGGAUCCGCCUGGGCGCCGCCAAGCUGGUGGACUACCUGGACUCGCAGUGCAUCACCUUCACCACGGCCAAGCCGGGCCACCACGCGGCCGGCCGCAGGCGGGGGGCGUGGACGGGCCGGGGGACGGGAGGAGGCGGCCGGAAGAACGGAGCUUUAAAACGUUAGCAGAGAAUUUGGUUGUAGAAAAUGUGAAAAAAAAAAUUGUCUGGUUAAAACUUUUUUUUAAAUUCUGAGGCGUUUACACCAAUUUAAACUUUGUAAAUACUAGAUUUUUUUUAAAAAAGAGGUUUCAGAUUUUAGGAGUUAACUUUUCAUAUGUUGCAUUGUAUUGUUAAAAUAAAUCAGAAGUGUUUGUUAUAUUGUGUGCAGGAUGUGAUGGUUAUAAAUGUUUAACAUCCAAAGACCAGCGUUGGGUUGAUGGGCUACAGGACGUCCCGUGGCGCAGCGUCACAGCCUGACCCUGAAAUAGAGGCUCGACUCUGGUCCGCGGUUCCAUGUUGCCGCCCGUCUCUGCGUCCUUCUUGUCCAAUUAAUAUCAAGUAAAAACCACUAAUGCUGAAAAGAUAUAUACCGUAUUUUCUGGACUGUAGAGCGCACCAUACUAUAAAUCGCAUCUACAGAGUAUUU